GUGGCGGGUCUUUUGUUUUCUGUGUGUCUGUUCAUUUUAGUUGUUUCCUGCGUGGUUUUGUUUUUUGUUUUAUUACCUCUUUUGUCCUGUCUUCCCCGGAUAGUGUAUUAGUGUAUUUUCUCUAUCUUUGUGGAGUACCAAGAUUGAACCAGGGGAUGAACUACAAUAUCUGGCCUGUGAUUAUUCCUUUUUUUAGGCAGCGUAGCCUGUGACCACGGGAAUCGCUCGGUCAAGUGUUUGAUGACGCAAGAAAUAAGCGGUCUAUGUUCGCGCACUUCCAGUUGAACGAACUAGGACCCUUUCUCGAAAGCGAUUCACACACCCGCACCCGCAACGGCAGUUUCGAGGUCGUGGUGGCACGAUACUUUGCUUUCGAGGAGGACAAGAUGGACGCUGUCAUGACCCUCAUGAACCCGACCUAUCGCCUCAAAUACCACCGCCAGACCUACGGCGACGACGCCUACCAGGUCAUGCUGCCUGUGGCGUCCACGCUGAAGGAAGAUGACACCCUGCUACCUCCUCUCCCCGUGGAUGGUCAGGUCGGCGCUCCCAAGAAACUCGGGCCGAAAAAGUUCAAGGGGAUCGCGGGGCGCAGGGACAAGUACGCUUCGUCGUCGUUCAACACGCGAGUUUCUGAACUCGGCCCGGCUGCAUCCGGAACCACGGCGGCUCCCUCUCUGUCGCAGGGGGGUGCCACGGCGGCUCCGUCUCUGUCACAGGGGGGUGCCACAGCGACUCCCUCUUCGUCACAUGGGGGGCGUGCGGGCGGAUCGGUCACGGUCGGGGGCAUGGUGAUCAGUUUGACACGCCGAGUGCCGCCCGCCGAAUGACGACGUGUGUUGCCGUUUUUUACGUGCCAUGUACUACGCGAUAUUUAUUUUCGUGCCGUGCACUCCCCGGUGAAGAAUCGGGGACCGCGGGCCUUGACAUUCAUGUAGCCGACGACCAAAUGGGUGAUGACGAUGGUGAAUAGUGGUGGGCAGGGAGGUUUUUAGGAUCUUCGUCUUUCUUUCUUUAGCUUUCGUGUUCCAUGCGGGGAAGUAAAAGAGCGUGUCGUGUUUAGAUGUAGAGGUCGGAACCCGUAUUCUGGUGUGGCAUUCGAGUCCUUGCGAGGGGGGCGGGGCCACCACUUUCCUUGAAAGAUGAGAGUGUUCCCAAGAUUAUGUUUGGUUGAUCCCGACUUUAUUCCUCUCAAAAUGUAGCUAGCUGUCGAUUCGCAUUUUUGUGCGGAAACCGACGCUUAAGUGUUGAAUCAAGACGAAGUAACUGCUGUGUUGCCACAUCGCCAAAUUCACACGAUGUACGAUCGAAUACCUCAUGNGUUGAUUUGUAGCACACACCCUUUGCUGACUAGGAACUUCCGGGGUACACGUUGCUGCUACACAGGGGAAGUAAAAGAGCGUGUCGUGUUUAGAUGUAGAGGUCGGAACCCGUAUUCUGGUGUGGCAUUCGAGUCCUUGCGAGGGGGGCGGGGCCACCACUUUCCUUGAAAGAUGAGAGUGUUCCCAAGAUUAUGUUUGGUUGAUCCCGACUUUAUUCCUCUCAAAAUGUAGCUAGCUGUCGAUUCGCAUUUUUGUGCGGAAACCGACGCUUAAGUGUUGAAUCAAGACGAAGUAACUGCUGUGUUGCCACAUCGCCAAAUUCACACGAUGUACGAUCGAAUACCUCAUGUGCUCAAAAGGUCAUUCAUGCAUGAUCGAUACUUUUCUGAGGAUUCCUGAGACAGACUUACGCAGCAUGCAGCCUCUUCACUCCCGCGUAAAACACCUGCAUGACUCUUAUCUGUAUUGUUAAUUGACCUACAUGUGGAAAAGAGGGUUUCGUCCUCGACAGACGUUGGGGAGUUUCAUCCUUUAUGAAGGUGUUCUCCACAUUACCCCCCCCUUUUUCGAGGCUUCUUCUUGAUUGCUAGGCAAGAGAAGUCUUCUUGGGGUAACCGGAACCCGACCGGCUGGCGGCGAGUAGAACCACCUUUUUUCCAACAAUCUUCUGUGCGUGUGUGCGGGUGCACCACUUCCGCCACGCAUUGCCAGAAGUUUCGAGUUCGAUAGACAGUGCAUCGUUUCUUGGCCCACCCACCGCUUUUCUUUUUCCGUACUCCGGAAGAAAAUUAGGUGAGCAGCGGGUUUUUGAACCCGUGUCUUUCGCAACCAAAAGCAGACACCUGACAGCUCUUCGUCGACGCCAUUGUGGAAAAGAGGGUUUCGUCCUCGACAGACGUUGGGGAGUUUCAUCCUUUAUGAAGGUGUU